AUGUUGGGUGACUUUCCAAGACAUCCUGUUGCAGAGAAGAGAAACCGAAAGAGCUGCGUUGGCUGUACUCUUUACUGCGACGAGAUUGAAAGCCUGAAUGAGUCGUGGAUGUUCGUGCUUUGGUCCAGCGACGUUUCUCCAUACCGGACUGACUCUGUCAGCUCGCGCUUUCCAAUUGCCAUAAUCCCGGCCAGCCUCUAUGUCAUCAACGAUGAAGGAGUUAAU